AGGGUUCGAUACCUGGAAGGGGAUGCAACAGUGGCAAAAAUUAGGUUUGUCCUCCUAUCAUGAAAACCUUGCGUGAUGUCAGGUCCAUCACUCGUGGAGACAUGUGAGCCUGUCGCCUGCUGCACAGCCUGGUGUGUCUGGCGGAAGUCCUCGAGUUGUCUUGCUGGAGUAGUCUGCCCUGAGCCUGUGCGUGUGUGGAGGGGGUUAGUGUUGGGGUCAGAGCAUCGGAAGAGAUGCUUUCUCCCAUCAGAUGACGUAGACGGGUUAUCGGUUUAUGGUACGUUUACCGGUCGUCGCAGUUUGGAAGUGAGGAGAGGGGCGUGGCGAGUGAUCGACUGGUGUUCUCUGGGAUUACAGACAGCUGUGGAUAGGGAUCAGCUAGUGUUCUCAGGGAUUACAGACAGCUGUGGACAGUGAUCAACAAUUGCAUGGGGCUGGUGGCUGGAUGUUGUCCUCUCCUUGCCUGCGAGGUCACAGAGGGAGUACAUUCUCAAUGACCCGUCCUAGUCGAGCUGUGACUAUUAAUAAAGCACAAAUAUGCAGAAAGUAAGAAAAUUUGAGUCAGAGACAGGCUACAGCUAGAUAGCUACAUCUCAGUCACUUUCUUUGCCAAGCUUGCUGACUACAUCUGCUCAAUGAUUGUGGAAGCUUUGACACACUGGACCACUCAGCUGCCUCACCUACUGAGGCGGAGCAAAGGGCCUUAUAUGUAUGUAGACGUUCUUUAGUCAGCACGCUGACUCUGCACAGCACAUCUGUGAUGAGUGUUAGUCAUGGAGCUACCCGCUUGACUCCAUCCAGCCCCUGGUCGAGUUCGAGUUCGUCUGCUCUUGCACUCAGCUGCCACCUGCCGCCGCAGAGUGUGCGGAGCGCUCAGUCAGUGAGCGACCUUUGACCGACAGCCUUACUUUUACACUCGGCAGGUUUCCUUUCUCUUGCGGGAUUCUGUGUGCAAAGAAUGGUCAAAGGUGUGAGCACCUGCUCUGACGUCGUCCGAAAGAAAGACGUCGCCGUGUGUCCCACCGUUGUCCCCCACGACACCAUGAUCCUGCCGACCACCACCACUGUCCCCGACGGCCGUCACGUGACCAUCUCCAAGGCGACGGACCGCCAGAUCUCGGAGUUGUACGUCCUCGUGCAGGAGGCGGCCCGCCACGGUGACGGCUUCGGGGCCGACGAGUUCCCGACGGAGGCUCACUUCCGGUCCGAGAUGCAGGAUGCCAAGAUGCUCUUCGUGUGCGAGCAGGAUUCUGGGAAGACGCUGGCGGUGCUGGUCAUCGCCCUCAGCAAGUUCUUCCGGGGCCAGUGCGUUGCGGAUCCUUACAUCAUCGUUCAGGCAGACGAGCGUCGCAAAGGGAUCGGAGAGUUCUGCUUCCACACCUGCGUGGACUACUGCAAGCGGCUGGGCUUCUUGGGUAUCUACAUCGAUACUUUCUCCAACAACCUGGCCAUGCGCAGAAUAGUGGAGAACACCCCCGGCUUCCGGCGGGUGGGGAUCCUGCCCAUGGGGGGCUGCCUGCCGGAUGGCAGCAUCGUGUCCUCCAUCGUGUACCACAAGGACCUGCGGGUUCCCGAGUGUCAGGGGCAGCAAGAGAUGAACGGUGACCUGGACCUGAACCCUGACCCUCCUUCCUGAUACGUCACUGGCGGGUGAAACUUCUGUAUGCACGUCACCUGAGCAGCUGCUACAACGCGAAAAGCUCCUCAGUGGCGUCCUGCGUCGAAAUCAGUCUGGCCAACGAUGAAACAGAAAUGCUGAGUAUGCUCAGAUGUAUUGACUGGCGAAAUAGUAGGUGUGAUUUUUUUUUAUUUCAGGGGAAAAGCACACAAUGUUUGAUCUACAUUCUAGCUUGUGAUGUCAAUAGGGCCACAGCCAUCACAUGGUCGUUGAGCACCAGGUGCCUUUCUGCCUCUACAUACGUUUGUCGGUCAUUGUACGUGGCUAGUGUUGUGCAGUUAAUACUCCGGAUGUUAUGUGUUGAAGUAGCGAGGCGUUGCCAUGACAGUGCUACUUCGUAUGGUUUGUCGCCGACUGUGAAGUCUUGACCUCUGUCCAACAGAUGAGAAUGUCUGUGUCUUGCUGACAGAACUGGGACACUCGCCAUCUUGUACAUGAACAAAAUCGUUUACAGACAACUCUGCAUCAAGUCAGGGAGACUGCAUGCUUGAAGUCAACACGAGCGAACUCAUAGAUGUGUGUAUAUGUAUAUAUUACAGUAUGUAGUGUACAUAUAUACAAAUGAUGGCAUAGCUCUUCGAUCGCAGCAGUCUUUUCCCCCAUUUUAGGUAUCCUCCCUACGAGGCGAACCCCAUUUCUCAUGUCUUUCACAGUCAGCACCAGGUUCGAUCCAGUAGACAAUUCUCAACUGCAGAGAUGUGACAUGUUGCCUACCUUAGGAAUAAGAUGUAGAAGCGGAUGAACUGGGCGCAAGACUAUCAAGUCGCACCGAGGAGGUAAGGGUGCGAAUCCUACAAAAUCUUUUCAGAAGACUUUGCCGCUGAUAAAAUGUGUUUGGCUUUUGGCUUUCCGAGAAAUAUUAUGGCGGUGUCAGGACAUGACGAUUUCUGGCCAGAAUAAAGGCAAAACGGUUCUUCAGAGAGAAGGACAAGACAGAAAAGUUUCAAAUACCCUUUGCACAUUAUACAACAUUAUACUUUGCGAGCUGAAAGUGUUCUUCUUAAAAAAUACCCAUCCUGCAUUCCUAGAAUGCAAAGAAGAAAUGUGUUUAAAGCGGCAUGACCCAUUCACGAAACUGUCCUGAAAAUCCACUUGAACACUAUCUUGCUCUAUCACACUGUCUUCUCUCUCUCUCACUCAUACAUUAGUGAAGCAGACAGCCAGGCGGACAGUUCCCGCGUUCUGUGCUUCUUCCACCAUACAUUCCUUGUCAAGGGUAGUUGGGUGUUGUUGAACCACCAACUUCCAUUUGCUCAUCCCUGAUGCGAUGUGGUUCUCUCCAUGAUUGUAUGAAAAUGUCUUGUGACCGUUUCUGGCUGAAGAUGAAACGAUUCAGGUACCGACAGUGUAUUUUACAGCACAGUUGUUGUUACUGACAGGCUGAAACUCGGAAUAUGCAAGUAUGCAAUAUAUAAACUGUUUUUUGAAAUAAUAUACAUGCAGUUACCCCUGAGA